AUGGCGGAGUCAGGAUCAGAACUGCCGGUGGAAGCUAUGGCUCAGCUUCUUCUUGACGAAGAAACUGGCGAAAUGGUUUCCAAAAGAGAACUAAAAAAACGCCAACAAAAACGUGCGAGGAAGACGACAGCCGCAGCCACGCGCGCUGAGAAAGAAAAAAAAAACCCCAAAAAGGAAACCACACAACAGGCCCAGGCGGAUGAAAUACGGACUGACCCUGAAGCCAUGUUUAAACAAGGCUUCCUCGCAGAUAUUUACAAGGAGAUUCCUGCCAAAGAAGUCGUCACUCGUUUCCCGCCUGAACCAAAUGGGUUUCUACACCUUGGCCACGCCAAAGCCAUCUCGAUCGACUUUGGGUUUGCCCGCUACCACGGCGGCAAAACGAUUCUCAGAUUCGACGAUACCAAUCCGGAUGCCGAGGAGCAAGGCUUUGUGGAUUCCAUCAAAGAGACAAUAAGAUGGCUAGGGUACACUCCCCAUGCCAUCACAUACUCGAGCGAUAACUUCCAAAAGCUUUACGAUUAUGCCGAACAAUUGAUCGAGCUUGGAAAGGCUUACGUCUGUCACUGCAACGAUGCGGAGAUCAAACGACAGCGAGGCGGCCACGAAGGCAAGGAGGGCCCUAGAUACAGAUGCGAUCACGCUGAGCAGGACGUAUCGACCAAUAUGGAAAAGUUCCGCAUGAUGCGCGAUGGCAAAUACGAGCCGAGGGCUGCCUUUUUGCGAAUGAAACAAGACAUCACAAACCCAAAUCCGCAGAUGUGGGAUCUUGCGGCGUAUCGUAUUCCCAAGGAUCAGACUCCGCAUCAUCGAACAGGAGAUCAAUGGAAAAUAUACCCAACCUACGAUUUCGCGCACUGUCUCUGCGACAGUUUGGAAGGAAUCACUCACAGUCUGUGCACGUCAGAAUUUGUGUUGUCACGGGAGAGUUAUGAGUGGCUCAACAAGAGCCUCAAAGUCUACGAACCGAAGCAGAGAGAGUUUGGUCGACUGAAUCUCAACGGCACUAUCAUGAGCAAACGAGGACUCGCGGCAUUGGUCGACGAGAAAAUUGUCCGUGGCUGGGAUGAUCCUAGGCUCUACACCCUGAACGCACUCCGUCGUCGGGGUAUUCCUCCUGGUGCAAUUUUGUCCUUUAUCAAUCAACUUGGUGUCACAACUUCGCGAACCUUUAUACAAGUGGCGCGGUUCGAGCAAUCUGUUCGGAAAUACCUGGAAACGACAGUGCCUCGUCUGAUGCUUGUUCUGGAUCCCGUGCCUUUGGUCAUUGAGAACUCGAUCGAUCCUGCAGAUGCCGAAUGCCGUAUUCCGUUUUCGACGAAAGACCCGGAAAUGGGUGGUUAUGCCCAGCGCUUGACGCAGACUAUUUUCAUUGAUCGGGCCGAUUUCCGAGAGACAGACAGCAAAGACUAUUUCCGUCUGGCACCUGGAAAAACAGUAGGGCUCUUUCAAGCACCAUAUCCUGUCAAGGCGGUGAGCUUUACCAAGAACGCGUCGAUGGGCCAAGUCACCGAGAUUCGGGGAAUAUUCGACAAGGACGGCAAGAAGCCCAAGGCAUUUAUCCAUUGGGUGCCGGAGGGUUCUAGAUCAGUGCAAGUCCGGGUGCACAGCCCUCUCUUCAAGUCAGACAACCCGAUGCAAGCCGGAGGCGGGUUCAAAAGUGACAUACGCCCCAAUAGCGAAACGAUAUAUAGCAACUCCCUGAUUUCUACUGGAUUUGACGAAGUGCGCAGAACGGGUCCGUGGCCCAAAGCUUCUAAUAACAGUGAAUCCGAUGCCCCUGAAAGCAUCAGGUUCCAAGCUAUGCGCAUUGGCUACUUUACGGUCGACUCCGAUACUACCGAGGAUCAUGUGAUCCUGAACCGCAUCGUUUCGCUCAAGGAAGACAAUGCCAAGAACUGA